AUGGUGGUUGUGGCCCUUCUCUCAAUCUUGUAUAUGAUUGCCGAUCGCAUGUUGUACGUCACGCGUUGUAUGAAGGGAAAGCUUCUUUUGAACAUCUUAAGUGGUGUUGGUUACUGUCUCUGUUACUUGUUAUGGGGACACCUUGUGACGGUACGGUCCCGUUUCGUGGGGAACGUGUUCUUCACGCUGAAGAUUAUUGCCUUGACAAUCGCGGUCCUUCAGCUGCGUGUGGGGUACCCACGGCAUCGUCGACAUGACCCGUUUACAUACACAGCCGGCCGAUCUUGGGUUGCGGCGUCGUUGUAUGCGUUGUAUCGUGGAGUUCCGUUCCUCUGGGAAGUGCGUGUGGUGACGGACUGGACUGUGGAGAAGACAGCGCUAAACCUUGAUGAUUUUCUCACGAUUGAGGACCUCUACCACAUUGUCUUUGAACGACGGUGCAAAAUACAUGAAGCGCGUGAACAGCAGCCUAUGCUGGGCAUGUCCAUUUGCCGUUCCGCAAAGCUCAGUGUUGGCCUUUUGCGUCUCGCCAUGAUCCUAUUGGCGCUGAUGGCUCCGCUGGUGUAUUACUCCACCUUUAAUCCUUCCAUAGAGUCCAAUAAGGUGAUGCAGCUGCGAGUGGGCCUAUCGUUUAUGUCCUUGCAGCCGUUUUAUGUUUCAACGACAUUUACCACUGAGACGAUUCCUAACGACUGGGCUUUGUGGUUGGCCCGCACACGUCCCUCGCUGGACCAGGAGGGGAUCAUGAACACGAAAAAGACGUUGCAACUAGUACCGGUAAGUUCCUGCAGCAAUGAUCUUUGGUCAAUCAGCCCGCAUGCAUUUCGGCAGCUCAAUGAGCAGCUUACAGCGGCGAUGAAUAACAAAACCGACAUUCAACUGUAUCAGUCACUCGAACUCUCACGCAGUGGGACGUCGAAUCCCGUCUUGUACGCGCGAAGUUGGACAUUUUCCUGGAAGACUGCUCGUGAGAUUCACCAUAUGUUGAACAGUCCUGUUGCAAAUGACACAAAGUACGUACUGCUGCAAAACUUCUACAGUCCCUUUUUUUUUGCUCAUCCCGAUGGUUUUUCUGCCUUUGACGAUGGGACCGGAAAAAAUGUCAUAGACUGUAGUAUUGUGCUCCGGCAGGAUGUGGAGCCGAUGCUAAACAGCACUGUCCGUUACUGGUGUGUGAAGUGUCAAUCACUCUUUACGGGCGGAAAUGUCCCGAGUGACAACCUCACACGCUUUCCAGAGUGGCACUGUCUCUCCACCGGUGAGGGCUGCAACAACUUUGAUUUUGAGCGACAGAACGGGGAUGGCGGCUACAACCCGGUGUCGAUGUACUUUGUGAUUCUUUCUGAUCCCUCGGUGGGUGGUGUGUCUUUCCUGCAGGGUAUCGGUAUCGUCGCUCUCUACACGACGUUUGUGCUCGCCUUGGGCCGAAUCUUCCGGGGAAUGUUUUCAGAUAAGGCAAAGCACGCGGUGCUGACUGCCAUGGCGGACCCCACCCCGGUCGCCCAGCUGAUUGAGUACAUUGAGCUGGCACGGGAGUGCAGCGACCUGCGGCUGGAGCAGUCGGUGUACUUCGAGCUGGUCGACCUGCUGCGGUCGCCUGAGCGGCUUCUGCGCCUGACGGGGUUUAACCGACGGCUGUACGACGUGGAGACGGAGGUCCUGCAGUCCCCAAACCCCUCUGCGAGCACGCCCGUGGGUGACAACUCCUCGCGCGACGAUGACCCGCUACGGGAUCCAGUGGCGGAUGCCUCCACCGCCAGCGAAGGUGCCCACGAGAGGCGGGAGUAA